AUGCUUACCGGUGAUACCUUGGCAAAUCACCUUUGUGUUCUUGUUAAUCCAGCUGCGGAUGGCAGUGCGGGCGAACAUCUUCCUUCUGUUAAAAAUAAAAAGAGCUUUAGAACGGCUAGAGAUUCCUUAUUUGAAUUCAAUAGUUUAACAAAACGAAUAAAAAAUAUGAAAAAAAAAAAAAUGAUUUUUAUGCAAAGCAGAGAGCAAAAUGAAAAUACGGAAAAACGAAUUUUAAAAAUAAACAAGAAUUCAAAUAGGAAGUUUAUCAAAAGAAAAAAGAAUAGUAAUAAUAAUUCAAAGCGCAUACAGUCAGAAGAAAUGGAACUUUCCAAAUUUUCUUCGGUGUAUCUUUUUGUUUCCCCCACAAACAAUCAAGCCCAUUGCUAA